CGCGUUGCUCUCGCGCUCAGUCAAAGUGUUGUUGUGCGGCGUUACUAUUCUGAUCAGAAUUCAGCGGUUCUUAAAUCCUUUUUGUUCCAAAAUAAAAAAAAUUUAAAGUUCAAAAAAAUCAGCUCAGCAGUAAUAACAACAAAAGCAAGGCGAAGGAAAGGAGCAUUGCAGGCGAUAGCAACAACAAAUAUUUGUAGCAACAGCUCCCCAACACACACACAACAACUGAAAGGUUGUGGGUGUGCGAGUGUGUGUGUGCGUGUGUGAAGGAGCCUUUUUUUUCUGUGAGCCACAAGAGAUUUUAGUGCAUUUUCUGCCCCCCACGCCAAUAGGAGAAAGAGAGAGGAAAAGGAGCCCACGAAAAAGGCUACACAAGCAACAACAACACUAUUAAACAGGCUCCUCUCCUCAGCGUUUAAAAGCAGCGCAGUCGACGUCGACUGCAGUGGGCCAACGUUGCAGUCGCAUCGUUUGUUGUUGUUGUUGUUGUUCUGCUGCAACAGCAUCAGAGAGAGAGAGGGAGAGCAAUAGAGCAAGACAGCGGGAGAGACCGAAAGAGCACUUAGAAAAAAACAGGACGCACCUGGUGCCAGAGUACAAAACCCAAUCCUUGCUGUGCAUUCCAAGGGGAAAUCGAGGGACGUACAUCGUAUUAUCGUCGAUAUGGAAGUGGAAUCGCAUAACAAACGCGCCACCAAUGGCGGCGGACGUCACUCCACCCCACCGGCGGAAUCCGAUUCCAAGGAGAGUUCCGUGGAGCGGGAGCUGAACGGCGAGAUCCAGGCGGUUGAGCUGAACGGGAGUGGAGGAGGUGGUGGCCACCACUCGAACGGGCAUAUCAAGAAGCCGCUGCCCGUGGAGGAUGGCCGCAUUAAGCGUAAGGCCAAGCGGCUCAUCCAAAGACAGAAUAGUGGUUCCGGCGGCAGUCCCAAUCAAACCAAUGGCAAUGGAGCUGCUGUCGGUGGAGGAGGAGGAGCCAAUGGAUUGCCCCUAGCAGUCAACGGCAUUCUGCCCUCGCCCGGUGGCUAUGUGGUGCCCCAUCGCCGCUGGAAGAAUAGCCGGCGCUCGAGGAAUCUCAAUCGCGGCCGUGGUCUGCCCAAGAAGGGCGGAGCCGGUGGCAAGGGCGUCUGGGGAUUGCCCGGUUCGGAGGCCCUGGCCGAGGUCUAUGAGGACGAGAACGAUCCCAACUAUGACAGUGAGUGCAACGAUCGGAAUGUGGAGCUGCGCGAGGUGAUCACGGAGAUCACACCCGAGGAGUUCUUCAAACUGGCCGAACCCAUUGUCCUGGAGUACUACGAGCAUGGGGAUCCGCACGAGGUGGCCCUCAGUUUCGAUGAGAUACUGCAGGGUCCGCUGCGGGAGCACAUCACCAGUAUUCUCGUGGAGAUCGCCAUGGAUCACAAGGACUCGCAGCGGGAGAUGACCUCGGUGCUGAUCUCCGAUCUGUACGGGCGGGUCAUCACCGGCAAGGACAUCGAGAAGGGCUUUAACAUGCUGUUGGCCAAUCUGCCGGAUCUCAUCCUGGACACUCCAGAGGCGCCCAUUAUGCUGGGCAACUUUAUGGCCCGCGCGGUGGCCGACGACUGCAUUCCGCCCAAGUUUGUGGCCAAGGCGGAGGAGGAGCUCAGGCAUCUGGAGCUGGGCGAGCAUGCCGAACAGGCCCUCCGUCGCGCGGACUCGCUGCUCCACAAGCAGGUGUGGGCCCAUUUGGACAACGUGUGGGGCAUGGGCGGCCCGCUGCGUCCGGUGAAGACGAUCACCAAGCAGAUGGAGCUGCUGCUCAAGGAGUACAUAUCCUCCCGGGACGUGGCCGAGGCGCAGCGCUGUCUGCGUGCCCUCGAGGUGCCGCACUAUCAUCACGAGCUCGUCUACGAGGCCAUCGUGAUGACACUGGAGUCCCUCAGCCAGACCACCGAGGAGGCCAUGUGCGAGCUGCUCAAGCAGCUAGAUCUCACCUGCCUGGUGCUGCCCGCGGGCAUGGAGCAGGGUUUUAUGCGCGUCUUCGAUGACAUGGCGGACAUCGUUCUGGAUGUGCCCCUGGCCUAUAUAAUACUCGAUCGUUUUGUUGAACGCUGCAAUCGCGCCGGAUUCCUUACCGACAAGAUUAUAAAUAAUGUGCCAUCGCGCGGACGCAAGCGUUUUGUUUCGGAGGGCGAUGGCGGUCAUGUGAAGCCGGCUACCUUGCCCAUACGCGAUUAAAUCGGGAUUCCGGGGCCCCCCAUAUGCUACAUAUGCUUAUAUAACAACUCCACCCCAAGGACACCUAGAAGCAACAACAGAGAAACAACAACUACUAUAACAACAAGAAACACCAAAUUACAAAAAAGGAGAAAAUCCACAGGAAUGCAAAGAAUUAACCCAAUUGAUAAGAAAAGACGAAAUGGAGAAUUUGUCGCAAAUCUUGAUCGAAAGAACCCUACCCUCAAAACCCAGAAACGGUCACACACACAAAAAGAAAACAAACAAACAAUCAAUCGGAAUUUGAUCUCCGUUUAAACUAAUAUUCAUAAUUAUAAAACCUACAUAAACAUAAAAAAAACCUACAACGUAUAUCUUAUCUACAUGUAAAACUAAAAACGUAAAGCGAAAAGUAUAUUUUAAAGAUUUGUAAAAA